AGCUAAUCCAAAACUUAUUCUGGUUUCAAAAAAAAAUCCAAAACUUAUUCGAUUCAGAUUUCGACUUAUAUGAACAUACUAAUUUAGCUUAACUUAAUUUUGAAAUAGACCGAUCCGACCUCACUUAACCCGACACCUCUGGGUGACAGCCGUGCAAGUGUGCAACUGCGGACUGCGCAAAGCUAAUCGCCCAAAUACCGCUAAUCGUGUAGAUAGGAGACGUUAGAAAGGAAGAACUGCACCAUAGCCAUGUCUUUAUCUUUCUCAUCUCUCCCUUUCAAUUCAUUACUCCCAUUAUCUUCUUCCCCUAAAAUUGAUGUUGGACCAGUAAAUUCGUGGUCUUUAAGGUCUUCUAUCAGUUGUCAAGCCCAAUCGAAACCCCGAAGUCGUAAACAAAGUGGCAGGCAAGUUUGGCGCCGUAGAAAAUUGACAAAGAAAGAUGAGUUUAUGGAAGCCAAACUGGAAAGGGUCCCUUUCCUUGAGGAGCAAAUAAGAAAGGUCAAUGAAGGUGGAGGGGUCUUGGCAGGGGAUAUAGAUCGGCUACUGAAGUCAGAGGACAACCGCUUUGCAUUUGUGAACGAAAUAGCAGCUGAGGCCACAGCAUAUGUAGAAAACAACCGAGAUGAGUAUGGGGACAAAAAGGCCAUCCUUCAUGUGCUGAGUAACCGUAUGAAUGAUGCUGGAUUUGUUCGUCCUGAAGCUUACUUGGAGACCGACCCAUUCAGCCCCGGUCCUACUUACCUUAAGGAAAACUUUUAUUAAGGCAGUAUUUUGGUUUGUCAGCUUUUAUUAAGGAUUAGUUCAUAGUACUCUUAAAAGAUUAGAUUGUAUCAUUUUUAGCUGUCUGAAUUUAAUUAUAUGAAUAAAUGUAUUAGAUGGAACAAGCCGAACAACCUCGAUUAAUGCUGAGUUAUAUAGAUUGCAUUAGCUGUUAUAAUUGAUUAU